AUGGGGAGCGAUAACCCCGACUGGGAGCUGGAGGAGGGUCUUCCUCAGGUCGAGGACCCGUUCAUCCAACAAUACCUCAAAGGCCGCGAUGCGCUGAUCGCGGAGGAACAAAAGAGACGUCACGAUGCCACCUAUCGCGUGUCUUUGUCGCCCAUCGCCGCCCGGGCCUGCAAAAUCGUCUCGCAAAUCCGGGCCCGCGAGCAGAAGGAGGUGUGGAGUACCGGCUUGGAUGCGGCUACGGCACACCAGGUCGAUGAGAUCCUCUAUCCCGGGGUUAUGUUCCAUCAUGCGAAGGGCCGCAUGGAGAAGACGAACCUCUGGAAAAUUGUCGAGAGAAUGCCCAAGGGAUCGCUCCUGCAUGCCCACAUGGAUGCCAUGUUCGACAUCGACUUCCUGAUCGAUCAGGCAUUUUCGACGCCUGGUAUUCAUAUGUUGGCGCCGAAGCCGUUACUGUCGCAGAAGGAUUAUGAGGUUGCACCGGUGUUCUUCCAAUUUUCGUCGCAGCCCGCGGCAGAGGGUGAGAAGAAGGCUAGCAUCUGGACAGAGGGCUACGAGUCCUCCUCAUUGAUCCCUAUCAAGACAGCUGCUGCAUCAUUUCCUAAUGGUGGCGAGACUGGCUUCCGUGAGUGGCUACAAAGUCGGUGCAUGCUCAUGCCGGAACAUUCGUAUAACCACUAUCACGGAGUCGAUGCGAUCUGGGCCAUCUUCACGACGACCUUCCCAGUGAUCAACUCUAUCCUGAUGUAUGAGCCAAUUUUCCGUGCAUGCUUCCGCCGAAUGCUAGGACAGCUGACCGCGGAUGGGGUUCGCUAUGUGGAAUUCCGCAUUGCGUUUGUCUUCCGGUGGAGAAAAGAGGGGAGCGACCAGCCCGAAGACGGCUAUGAGGAGUGGUGCCGAGUAGUUGAGGAAGAGGUGGAACAUUUCAAGGGGACGGAAGAAGGAAAAACAUUCUACGAAGCGCGGAUCAUCUGGACUACCUUGCGGCGCUUCCCUAAUAAGGAAAUUGUUGACAGCAUGAAGCAUUGUAUUGCCACCAAGCAUGCCUUCCCCGAUCUCAUCUGUGGCUUUGAUCUGGUCGGACAGGAAGACCUGGGAAGACCUCUCAAGGAUCUUGUGCCAGUGCUAUUCUGGUUCCGAAAACGCUGCGCGGAGGAAGAGGUCGAUAUCCCUUUUUUCUUCCAUGCUGGCGAGUGCCUGGGCGACGGGGACGAGACAGACCAUAACCUCUUCGAUGCUAUCUUAUUGGGAACCAGGAGAAUCGGCCACGGCUUCUCCCUGUACAAACACCCACUACUCAUCGACUUGAUCAAGGAGAAGAAGAUCAUGGUCGAAUGUUGCCCUAUCUCGAACGAGAUCCUCCGCCUUGCAAGUUCCAUCAAGUCGCACCCAUUACCUGCGCUAUUAUCCCGCGGCGUGCCCGUCUCACUCUGCAACGAUGACCCAGCCAUUCUUGGCCACGGGAAGAACGGGUUGACACACGACUUUUGGCAGGCACUGCAGGGUCUGCAGAAUGUUGACUUGGCCGGUCUGGCUAUGAUGGUUCAGAAUUCUAUCCGAUGGAGCUGCUAUGAGGACCAGUCGACCGCCGAAUGGAAGCAUGAAAUUGGGGAAGGGAUCUUGGGCGAAGGUUUGAAGGCGGCUCGCCUACGAGAAUGGCACACGGAGUUUGAGAAGUUUUGUGAAUGGGUCGUAUUGGAGUUUGCGGAGUUUGAUGAGGACGAUUAA